AUGGCGUCCACUCCCUCUAACCGACUGAAGCUGACGCCGUCCAACUCGCCCUACAAGCAUCGUUUUCCCCGAUCGCCCAGCCGCGCCCAAACGUUUCGCGAUGCGUCUACAUCCCUGCCCGCCACCUCCCGACUCUCCUUGACGAGGGUGGUCGGGUCUACUUGCUGCUCGCCCACCGGCUUCGACACGGUGCACUCGUGCUUUGCCUACAUUGCCGGCGGUGCCGUCGUCGUCGUCGACGUGCACGGCAACCACUACCGGCAGCGCUUCUAUCGGGCACGGCCAUCGGCCGUGCCUGUCUACUCCGUCUCGCCCGUGUCACACGCUCCAUCGACGCCGACGGGCACGCCCAAGGCCAACGACAGCCGCAACCGGGCGGCGCCCAGCCACCACCGCGAGUCUGGCUUUGGGCUGUCAGACUGGGCCGACUCGCCAACAUCCGGCAAGACGUGGACGCAGCGCGAGCGCAUCAAAUCGGCGACCUGUCUCUCGCUGAGCCGUGACGGCCGGUUCUUGGCCGUCGGUGAGACCGGCUACGCCCCCCGCGUGCUCAUCUUCAGCCUCGACGACGCCUCGUCCGACAUCCCGCUCGUCUGCAUCAGCGAGCACAGCUUCGGCGUGACGGCCGUGGCCUGGUCGGCCGACUCGCGCUACCUCGCCUCGCUCGGCACGGCCAACGAUGGCUUUCUCUACCUCUGGAAGAUGGACCCGCGCACCGGCUCGGCCAAGCUGUUCCAGCAGAACCGCUGCACGUCGUACGUGCGCGGCAUGAUCUGGCUCGGCAGCACGACGUUGAUCACGUUUGGCAUGCGCCACAUCAAGGUCUGGCGCGUCGAAGAGGGCCUGUCGGUCAGCAGUGCCUCGCCCGGCAAGCCUGGCCGAUACACGCUCGACGGCAGCGUCUCGUCGCCCAUGUCCCAGCAGCAGCAGCACCAACAGCAGCAGAGCCAGUCGCAACACAAGACGCUGCCGGGCCGGAACAUUCUACUCGGUUCUCUGCUCGACGCCACGUUCAGCUGUGCUGCCAUGCUGGCAGUUGGCCGUGCGAUCAUCUGCUCCGAGGCGGGCGACGUCUGCCUGCUGGAGUCUGCCACGAAGCAGACGAAGCUCGUGCGGCUGCGGAAUGCUGGGUUCCCCGUGACAUGCGUGUGUGUCCGGGAGGGGAAGGUGUACGUUGGCGGGAAGUCGGACCAGUCGAUCGCAGUGGACCUGGUCGAGCUGCUGGCUGAGAGCGAGUGCCGGCAGGAAGGGGCCGGUUCUGUGGGCACGAGAUCGGAGACGGCGUCGCCGACGACGCAGAGCAGCAGCAGCCAAGUGUCUUCGGUCAAGUCGACAUGUUUGAACGAUGGCCUUGUGGCCAUGGGCUUUCUGACGGACCACGUGGUGACGGUGGACAUGAGCCGGUCGAUCGAGAUAUUUUCGGGGAUCGAGCACGUCCCCGGGACGGAUGCGGGAUCAGAGGUGACGCGGAUGCCGAUUCCCGGGCACGGAGAGCCAAUUUUGGGGGUACAGGCGCUGGGAGCACCGAACGCGGCCGACGCAGCGUUCUUCACCUGGUCGGCAUCGGGGACGGUGCUGUUGUGGGGGCUGGAGGGCGAGAUCAAGGCAUCAUUUCAGGUGCCGGUGGAGCAGACGGCAGGCGAGACGGAUCUGGACAUGGUCAACCAGCUGUCCGUGGUGCGGGCGACGGAAGGGGCCAAGCUUUUUGUGACGGCAGACCGGCGGGGAAUUCUGCGCGUGAUGGACUUUGCGACGCGGCAGUUUGUGCUGGAGACGAAGGCGCACGCGUCAGAGUGUCAGUCGAUCUCGAUCUACGAGGACGAGCGGCGGCUACUGCUGGCGUCGAGCGGACGCGACCGGACGGCACAGCUGUUCAGCCGGCAGCAGGACGGGACGGUGGCGCACCUGCAGACGCUCGAGUUCUCGGCCAAGGUGGUGCAGGUGGUGUUCACGGCAGACGACCGGGUGAUCACGUGCUCGUUUGACCGGACGAUGCAGGUGCACGAGCUGGUGUCGAAGGAGGGCGAGCCGGACGUGCUGGCGGCGAUUCCGGUGCGGGUGAUCACGCUCAAGGCGUCGCCAUCGUCGAUGGCGCUGGCGGCAGGGGGCAAGUCGGUGUACGUGUCGCUGCUGGACCGGACGGUGUGCCAGUACGACCUGGCGACGGGCAAGCUGAUGUCAUCGUUCAAGUGCAUCGACGAGGGCGGGGCCGAGACGGCACUGCUGGACUCGCUGAUCUACGGCAAGCAGGAGGCAGCCGUGGUGGCAACAGCGGGAAUGCUGAUGCCGGGUGGUGGAAGUGGAAGCAGCAGUGUGGUUGGUGGUCUGCCGAGCGAGGCAGCCUUUCUGCUGGGGCUGUCCAACACGGACAAGUCUGUGCGAAUCUACGACGCGCAGACGGGCUCGUUCCUGGACCGCGAAUGGGGCCACACGGAGGCGAUCAACGGGGUCGCGCUUAUCGACGACAAGGAGGAUGGUGGCGGUGCCGGAAAGGACGACAUGGGCGGCUGUCGGAAGGUAGUCAGCGUGGGGUCCGACGGCACGAUCAUGAUCUGGGCUCUAGACCUGCGGGAUCCGGUACGGCCGGGGACAUCGGGCAGUCGAGAGCCGUCGCCGCCCAAAGACGGUGGUGGCAGUGGCAGCGGGCUGUUGCCGACGUUGGCGCGGCCACCGCUGCGACGGGUGCUGUCCAAGGCGGAGCUGGCCGAGUUUCAGCGAACGGGCAGCAGCGAGAAGAAUGGCAGCGGCAGCGGCAGCACCAACGGCAGCGUCAGUGGCAAGCGGUCGCCGUCGCGGUCGCUCUCGCGCAAGACAUCUCGCUACAAUCUCUCGUCGAGCAGCGGGUCGACGCGGCCGCCGAUGCCGAUGCCGAUGCCGAUGCCGAUGCCGAUGCCGAUGCCGAUGCCGAUGCCGGGGAGCAGCACGGGCACGGCCAGCGACACGAUCACGGAGGACGCGAUGACGCGGCGGGCGUCAGCAGGCAGCGGGUCGGGGAGCCCACCGAUGGCGGUCAGUCCCAAGGCCAAGGUGCGGCGGCGGCCGUCGCUGCCGGCGAUGAGCACGAUGUCGGGGGUUGGUGGAAACGGAAACGGACGCAGCAGCAGCAGCCUAGCACGAAAGAAGCCGAGCAUGAGCAACCUGCGGGGGGCACAGGGACCGAGCAGUCUGAGCUCGGCGACAGAGCAGACAUGUCGGCAGCUGCGGACGUAUCGGAAGCGGCUGGCGGCGGCGACGACGACAGCGACGACGAGCGGCGAGCUGGUCUCGGCCGAGGCGCUGGCCGAGCUGGACCAGGAGCUGCGGCUGACGAUGGCGGCGCUCGGCGACCGGACGAUGCGCGACGGCAAGACGGCGACGAUGAUGCCGGUGAGCGAGCAGCUGGACGGACUGCUAGACGAGAAGCUGGAUGGACUGCUGGACGAGAAGCUGGACGAGAAGCUGGAGCGGCUGGUCGUGCUGCUGGACGAAAGGUGGCGGGUGCAGCAGGAGACAAAGGAGCGGGAGGAACGAGAGGAGCGAGAGGAGCGAGAGAGAGUGCGGCGAGAGGAAGAGCAACAGCAAGAGCGACAGCAAGAGCGACAGCAAGAGCGACAGAGAGAACGAGGGCAGAGACAACGGCAGCACCAGAAACAGCGACAGGCCCUCGCAGACAGGACGUCCAAGAACAAGAGGACACUGUCGGCACGGCGACGGGGACAAGGCCGACAUGGAAAUGGAGGAAAUGGAGAGAGUGGGAGUGGGAGUGUGAGCGAGAGCGUGAAUUUGAGUGAAAGUGGGAGUACUGGAAGUACGGCCAGUGUGGACAGUGCCAGCACCAACAGAGCCAACAGCACAGCCAAUGGCACAGGCAGCGACCAGACAACCGGCGACGACGACCACAGCAGCAACAGCAACAGCACAGACGACAGCAGCGAACCUAAAGCCGGCAACACAGGAUGA